AUGUCCCUUUGUGCCUCUUCUCACAAGGAGUUUUCUCAGCUCUUACCUGUUGAAGAUAUGGAUAUAAAAAACUCACCUUCGAGCAUUAACUCUCCUGUUUCCUACAAUUGCAGUCAGUCCGUCCUACCUCUGGAGGAUGGCCCCAUAUAUAUGCCCUCCUCCUAUGUAGAGAGCCACCAUGACUAUCCAGCCAUGACAUUCUAUAGCCCCACUAUAAAUUACAGUAUUCCCAGCAGUGCCAGUAACUCAGAAGGGGAACCUGGUCGACAGACCACAAGCCCAAAUGUGCUGUGGCCAACUCCGGGGCACCUAUCCCCUUUGGCGAUCCAUUGCCAGUCAUCAUUUCUGUAUGCAGAACCUCCAAAGAGUCCUUGGUGUGAAGCCAGAUCACGAGAACAUGCCCUUUCUGUAAACAGAGAGACACUGAAAAGGAAGGUUAGUGACAGCAGUUGCACCAGCCCUGUUACUAGUUCAAGCUCAAAGAGAGAUGCCCACUUCUGUGCCGUCUGCAGUGAUUAUGCCUCGGGAUAUCACUAUGGAGUCUGGUCAUGUGAAGGAUGUAAGGCCUUUUUUAAAAGAAGUAUUCAAGGACAUAAUGAUUACAUUUGUCCAGCUACGAAUCAAUGUACAAUAGAUAGAAACCGGCGCAAAAGCUGCCAGGCCUGCCGACUUCGGAAAUGCUAUGAAGUAGGAAUGGUGAAGUGUGGGUCUCGGCGAGAAAGGUGUGGGUACCGCAUAGUGCGACGGCAGAGAGACCCCGAGGAGCAGCUGAACUGCGUGGGCAAAGCUAAGCGGAACAGCGGGGCCCGCGUGAGGGAGCUGCUGCUGAGUGCCCUGAGCCCCGAGCAGCUGGUGCUUACCCUGCUGGAGGCCGAGCCACCCAGUGUGCUCAUGAGCCGCCCCAAUUCCCCCUUCACCGAGGCCACCAUGAUGUUGUCCUUGACCAAGCUGGCGGACAAGGAGUUAGUGCACAUGAUUGGCUGGGCCAAGAAAAUCCCUGGCUUUGUGGAGCUCAGUCUGUACGACCAAGUGAGGCUCUUGGAGAGCUGCUGGAUGGAGGUGUUAAUGCUGGGGCUGAUGUGGCGCUCAAUCAACCAUCCCGGCAAGCUCAUCUUUGCUCCAGACCUCAUUCUGGACAGGGAUGAAGGGAAGUGUGUAGAAGGAAUUUUGGAAGUCUUCGACAUGCUCCUGGCAACAACUUCAAGGUUUCGAGAGUUGAAACUCCAACACAAAGAAUAUCUCUGUGUCAAGGCCAUGAUCCUUCUCAACUCCAGUAUGUCCCCGUUAACUGCAGCAACGCAGGAGACGGAGAGCAGCCAGAAGCUGACUCACUUGCUGAAUGCGGUGACCGAUGCGCUGGUCUGGGUGAUCGCCAAGAGCGGCAUCUCCACCCAGCAACAGUCUGCUCGCCUGGCCAAUCUCCUGUUGCUGCUUUCUCACGUCAGGCAUGCCAGUAACAAAGGUAUGGAACACCUGCUCAACAUGAAGUGCAAGAACGUGGUCCCCAUUUAUGACCUGCUCCUGGAGAUGCUGAACGCCCACACACUUCGGGGGUACAAGUCCUCGGGGUCGGAGUCCAGUCUGGCAGAGGAGAGGCAGAGCAGGGAGAACUGCCAGACCCCGGAGUCCCUGUGA